ACACAAAAUUUCGUCAACCGUGUGAAGCGCAGUUAUCGGAAUAAAACGUUGAACUUGCAGUAGACUUAUAAACGCCACAACUGACACUAAGCACCAGGAAACGUGGAAAGAUGCGUUGUGCGAUUCUACUUUUUCUUUUAGCGUCGGUGGGUUUUGGUGCCACUCUGGCAGGCAAAGUGCAGCCAAAGGACGUGCUUGAAAAGGCGCUUCACCAGGCUAGAAAUCCUAUAGACGAUAUCAUCCGAGACGCGCUAGAGGUCGUUCGCCAGUUGAUGCUUAAUGGCACUGAAAAUAUACCGCCAUUAGAUCCAUUCUUUAUCGAGUACCUACUAGUGAAUUUCACGUCAGCAGAUGCCGAUUUACUGUUACAGGUGGACAACACAUGGGUAACCCACUUGGCUGAAUUCAUUGUCGAAUCAGUCAACACCAACAUGGUGCGACUGACGAUGGAGCUCCAAUUAAGCUUACCCAACUUCAAUAUCGACGGCCAUUACGCAAUGGAUGGAAUAUUGAUGAAUCUGUUCCCACUCUACGGCGCUGGCAAUUACUUCGUACACGUCUUCGAUGUGAGCCUCGGAGGCGGUGCUGGUUUGAGUAUGGGAGUCCCUCCGCAGAUUCGUGAUUUGCAUUUGGAUUUUACCUUCCAGUCCCUCCAAGUGAAUUUUGAAAAUCUCUUGGGCGGUGGCUCUUUAGAAACGCUAAUUGAAACUGUCAUCAACGAACUAGCCAAAGAAGUUGUAGAUGCUGUUUGGGCCAUCAUCAACGAACCCUUCUGUCAACUGAUUGAAGAUCAAAUCAACCAAGCUUUGGCAAAUAUGGGAGGUGAAGGUUCCGAGGCAUACGAUAUGGCACUAAUACCUGAAACCAAAGAAGUCGGCAAUGCUAAUGCCUACCUUGAUCUAGUGUUGGCCGAGUUGCGACAGGUGCUCUACGAAACACCGGGUGUCGAUCCAAAAACCCUACCUGAUGCCUACACCGAAAUCCCAGGAGGCCACGCAGCGCUCUACAAUGGAUGGCUAAUAGGACUGUCCAGCAUUCACAGAAGCGCCGAUGCCACCCUGGAUUAUGGCGGACGUUACAUCACGUUCAACGGAAGCGCUGGAUAUUCCAAUAUGCAGGCCGGUUAUAAAGUCCAAGUCGAGGUGUGGGGAGUAGGUGUCAACGCUGAGGCCUUUGCUUUGAUCCGCAGCCUGGACUUCUUCUUCUCUUUCAAAAUCGACAUUCUAUCUGGAGCAGUAACAGUCAAUGAUUUUAAUAUCUACAAUAUUGGAGAAAUCGACAUUGAAAUCAAUGGAUUGGCUCCCUUUGAUUGGGCAUUCGAAGCUAUCGCCGAGCUGAUCAUUCAAACGAUUAAAGACGACCUAGCCGAAACCAUAUCAACUGUCAUCUUAGAAUUACUUCGGCAAGCUGUUGAGAACAACCCCCCACCGCCUCCACCACUUGCCUUGAUUUCCCAAAUUGAUUUCUAAAGUACUCCCGGUGUUAUACUUUGUAACGAUUGACGAAUGUCACGUAAAACGUGCGAUUCUACAACAAUAUAA